AUGUCGAGCCAAGUCGAGCCCACUAUCGUCACCGCCGUCGAGACUGCUCCUAACAAGCUCGCUCCCCCGACCGCCGAAAGACAGGACUUCCCAUCACCAGGUGCUGCUCCUGCAGGCCAACGCAUCUUUGACGCAAAUGCAGUCGCCGAGGACAGAGGUGUCGAGACUGUCCCUGGAGGCUGGGCCAAGGGUGUUGAACAACAAGACGUCGUGGCCGAAGAGUACGAGAAGCAGGACGACGCUUCGCAAAAGUCAUCACCAAGUCUGAAACAGAAGGUCAAGGACCUGCUUCAUCGCGACUAA